AUGGACCCGAGGCGGGCCCUGCUUCUGCUGGUGCUGCUGAGCCCCACGGUGGCCUCCCUCAUCAGGAUCCCCCUGCGCAGGGUUCGCGUGUCUCCUGGCAUUCUCCACAGCCUGAGGGGCUGGAGGUCCCGGGAGGCCCCUCUGCCCGCGGAUGGGCCCAUUCUUGUGCCACUUUCCAACUACUUGAAUGCUCAAUAUUUUGGGGAGAUCGGGCUGGGGACGCCCCCCCAGAACUUCUCCGUCAUCUUUGACACCGGCUCGUCCAACCUCUGGGUCCCUUCUCGACGCUGCAGUGUCUUCAGCCUGGGAUGCUGGUUCCAUCGGCGGUACGACUCCAAGGCCUCCAGCUCCUUCCGGCCCAACGGGACCCAGUUCUCCAUCCGCUACGGAACCGGGCGGCUUGACGGUGUCUUGAGCGAGGACAGGCUGACCAUCGGAGGCGUCGGGGGGGUCUCCCUGCUCUUUGGGGAGGCCCUAUGGGAGCCAAGCCUGGCCUUUGCGCUCGCUCACUUCGAUGGGAUCUUCGGCUUGGGCUUCCCGGCUCUGUCGGUGGGCGGAGUGCAGCCUCCGCUGGACGCGCUGAUGGAGCUGGGGCUGCUGGAGAAGCCCGUCUUCGUCUACCUCAACAGGGACCCGGAGGCGGCCUCAGGGGGAGAAGUGAUUCUGGGAGGCUCGGAUCCAGCUCGCUACACCCCUCCCCUCACUUUCCUGCCCGUCACCCGGCCAGCCUACUGGCAGAUCCAUAUGGAGCGGGUGACUGUGGGCCACUCCCUGCACCUGUGCCCUAACGGCUGCGCUGCUAUUGUGGACACCGGCACGUCACUCAUCACCGGCCCCUCCAAGGAGAUCGGGGAGCUGCACAGACUCAUUGGCGGCUUCCCGCUGCUGGCUGGGGAGUAUCUGAUCCCCUGUGAGCGCCUCCCCGACCUCCCACCCAUCUCCUUCCUGCUCGGAGGUGUCUGGUUCAACCUGACCGCCCAAGAUUAUGUCAUUCAGCUGGCCAGCGGCCGCACCCGCCUCUGUCUGUCCGGCUUCUUGGCUCUGGACGUGCCGCCGCCCGCGGGCCCCUUCUGGAUCCUCGGCGACGUCUUCCUAGGGCCCCAUGUGGCUGUGUUCGACCGGGGAGCAGCCCGCGUGGGCCUGGCACGGGCUCGGGGAACCCCCCCGGGGCCCUGAGCUGAGAGCUCCCCACACCCCUUCCAAGUCCCCCGACACCCCCAGCCCCGCCGGUACCCUUGAGCUGAGCACCGCAUGCUCCCCCACCCCCACCCCCACCCCCACCCUUCCGCCAGGAGAUUUCACGGGGGCCUCCUUGGGGCUCUUCUUUGGGUGGGCGCUCGGGGAUCCUCUUCGGCUCUCCGCUUGGAGAUCCCCGGGGGAGGGGGUGCAGGCCGGGGCCAGGCCGCUUCUGGCCUUGGCAACAUCUUGUCCCCUCUUCUGCCUCCCCUCAACUGCCGAAUAAAAAACUGCGAUGUGUCUUUU